UUCAAACAAUAUCUCUAUUCUAUAAUAUUCAUUUUCUCAAAGUAUGUAGAUUGUUUCUCAUUCAGUGUCAAAGUUGCACAACAAUGCUGCUAAUUAAUUUCCCUAUGUAAAAUGUUCCGUUACAUGUGGCUCACACCACGAACAAGAGCAAAUUUCACCACGAAAAAGAGAGCAAAUUUUGAAAAACCACCACGAUUUGCGAACGAAUAAAGUGACCAAGUCGAAAAUACCAUUAUAUACCAGGAAGUUGUUCAAAAAUACCAGUAUAUACCAUGAUAAAAUAAAAUAUUUUUUCCCCCACUAUCGAGUAAAUCAUCAUGGGUAUUCCUGAAACUGACUAUAAUUAUAAAAAUGUUUAAAUUUUGUGAAUCUCUUAAAAUCUCUCACAGCAAUAAAACACGUUUAUAUCGACAACCAUACAGAGCCUGCAUAUUUGGAAUAAGAAAAUGUAACAAACUUAAAGGUCGAUUUGUCCAAUUACCCGUGCACCUUUCGUAUUUUAGGGAGUGCCCUUACUCUGAUUAAUCAAUUCAAGUGGCCAACAAAAUGUUAACAAAACAAAAACUGCAAUCCUCUUUGGGUUUGCUGAAAAAGUACGAAUGGCUUUUAAACUCCUACGUUCUGGACUUUUAUGUGGAUGACCAUUGGAGCAAGUUGCCGGCUAGUUGGCAGCAUCGUCUGCAAAGCAUUCCCCUGGAAACGUUUGAGGCGCUACUCCACAGCGAUGACAGUAAAAGUGCUCCCAAAAAUAGUAUAGUAUGGCCGCUGGAGUUGUUGGCGUUGCGAGCAGCCCUAAGAAAUCUCUGCAUUAGCCGGACACAGGAGAAUCAUCCCAAAGAAUCGGUUCCUUGUCCGUUGCUGCAUCAUCACAGGCUGAAGCACCUGUUCAUGAAACGUGUGAAGCCCAAGAAGCAACAUGAAAUCACCCGAAUGGCUGAGAUUUGUGCUUACAGCUGCCGGACGACUCCAGUGGACUUUGUUGUCGAUUUCGGAGCAGGAGUUGGACACCUGGCGCGCAUUCUGGGCUAUGGAUUUGGCAUACAAGUCUGCUGUUUCGAGAUGCAGCCCGAGCUGAAUCAGCAAGCAGUGGCCAUUGAUAGGAAACUAGAAACGAUUGCAGCCAAGCUCACGGAAGCCAGCGGCUACAAGCGGCCCGUUCAUCUUACUCAGCGUCUGGAGAGCAACACGCAACCGGAGCAAUUCAUAGCAGGGAUACGUGAUGCCCUGCAACUGGCAGACAAUGACUUCCGAUUUGGCAUCAUAGGCCUGCAUCCGUGUGGGAAUCUGGGGCCGACGCUGAUGCGAAUGUUUCUUGGGUGCACGCAGGCCAAGUUCCUGAACUUCGUGGGCUGCUGCUACCAGAAGAUGACCACCCCAACAACGCAUCCCCGCGUGGAGGUGCAUGGCUAUCCUUUGAGCUCGUUUUUGCAGGGCAAACGAGAUACAGAUACGCAGCUCAGCUACGAGGCUAGGGAGAUUUCUUGCCAUGCCAUGGAGGUGUACCGUGACCGCCUACAGGCUGCUGAAUAUGACUAUCUGAAAAUACACUCGUUUCGGGCCGCCGCCGAACGCAUUAUUGUCCAGCAGUAUCCACAUCUGCGGCACUGUGCGCUCCGCAACGUCAAACAUGCCCCUGGCAUGUCGUUCGACGACUAUUUCCAGAAAGCCGUGCAGGGAACUCGAUUUGAAAUGCUAAAUCGACAGGUUCUGAGUAUUGAGCAAUGCAGUGCAGACGUACAGCACUGGCAGCGGCUCGUAAUCUUCUACACGCUUCGUCUGAUGCUUGCGCCACUCGUGGAAAGCAUUAUCCUCUACGAUCGUGCUCUGUUUCUGUCCGAGAAUGAUUGCCAGGUGGAGCUUCAGGCUAUCUUCGAUCCCCGCCUAUCGCCGAGAAACCACAUAACCAGGGCUGUGAAAACCAGAGACGGCAGUAAUCUGUCUCAGCAAUAAAUAAACCGCAGACCUCAGGCCUAAAGUGGGCUUAUCUUGAAGAGUUAAAGUUGUUUUUUAUACGCUUUUAUUACAAUAAAGAUAAAGAUAUUAUCAUAUGUCAG